AUGGCAACUACCACUACCACGAUCUAUGCUGGAUCGCACCUAGCGACUUUCGAGGUGGAUGACUCGCGCCAGGCUUCGUUGAUGCAUUCUUCUUCAAACACUUCUCGUGGAGGCUCGCGACUUGGAAGUCGACUCUCACAGCAUCAAUUCUCAUCUGAACUUGCUCAUGAUGGUCAAGAUGUAUUGUCGCAGACUCGGGCUGUCAUUCUCAUUACUGCCCUCACCGGAAUUACCUUUGUGGGUAGUAUGAGUGGUGGCUUGUUGACCAUUGGAUUACCGGAAAUUGCGGCAGAUCUGGAACUACCAGAGAACUUGCUCCUUUGGCCGGCUUCCGUGUACUCCCUUGCAAACGGGUGCUGUCUGCUUCUUGCUGGCUCUUUAGCCGAUUUCCUCGGUAAUAGACGCAUUAAUCUCAUCGGUUGCGUGGGACUGUGUGCAUUUAUCUUGGCCUGCAGUGUCGCCAAAAGUGGUAUCCAGAUGAUUUUAUUUCGCACUUUCCAAGGAAUAGCGACAUCAAUGUGCCUUCCAACAGCAUUCAGUAUCAUGACCAAUACCAUGCCCGUUGGAAAACGGAGAAACAUUAGUUUUGCUUGCCUGGGGCUUGGGCAGCCUCUUGGCUUUUCCAUAGGAUUAGUCUUUGGUGGCCUGUUUCAAGAUAGCAGCCUCGGUUGGCGGUUCGGUUAUUAUCUCUGUGCUGGUGUCACAGCCGUUCUCACGCUCAUACUCUAUUUCAAGCUGCCGAAUGACAAGCCGCGCGAUGCCUUCACGCUCCGCAGACUUCGAGAUGAGAUUGAUUGGGUUGGCAUUAUUCUCUCCAGUUCAUGUUUGGGCUUGAUAUCAUAUGUCUUUGCCAUCAUCACUGAUAAUCCUGGCAAUAUGCAUCGUGCCGAGAAUAUAGCCCUGUGUUGUAUCGCGGUAGCUUGUAUGCCUGCGUUCAUGUGGUGGAUGAGCUGGCGAGAGAAGAAUGACAAGUCCGCACUGAUUCCUAACUCCUUGUGGAAGAACACCGCGUUCGCUUCCAUUUGCUUGAUGGUCCUUCUCACCUGGGCGGUUUUGAAUGGUACAGAAACAAUUCUCAGUCUCUUCUUCCAAGAGGUUCAAGACCUUCCGCCUAUCCAGGCCGCCGUUCGCUUCUUGCCCAACGUGAUAAUUGGAAUAAUUCUCAACGUUGCAACUGGUCUUCUAGUGUACCGUCUUCACGCCAACCACCUCGUCCUUGUUACCACACUUCUCAGUGCUGGUUCGCCGCUGCUAUUAGCCGUAAUCGACCCGCAAUGGUCAUGGUGGUACUGCGCAUUCUGGGCCGUGCUACUAGGUCCUCUCUCGGCAGAUGUCAUCUUUACCGUCGCAAAUCUGAUUAUCGCCGAUUCAUUUACUCCGAAGACGCAAGGCCUUGCUGGGGCUGUGUUCAACACCAUCGCGCAAUUUGGUACCUCUAUCGGCCUGACUAUCUUUGCCAUCAUUUCAUCAAGCGUCACUCAAGAGUCAUCGUACAGUAACAAAGAAUCGCCCGACGCCCUGAUGGCAGGCUAUCGUGCUGUGUUUUGGACUUGUUUCGCAUUGAUGAUCGCUGCCUCUGGCAUCGGUGCAUAUGGCCUGCGCAAGGUUGGAAAGGUUGGACUGAAGACGGAGUAA